CUAACAACACACACUGAAGAAAACCACUUGCAGUGGUGUCUGCUCAACAAAAUAAUACAGACACUGACUUGGCGACACAUGACUGAGGACCUGGCUGGAGUCAAGACAGAGGGAUAAUUUGUAAGAGGCGUGCUGACUCCUAUGCAACCAUGCUGAAAUCUUUCAACCUCUUGAAGCAGCUUGGCUCUGUGGGGAAGUCACAGGAUGCCACAGAUCUUCUCACAGAAGAUCUGGUUAUGGUGGAGCAGCGGGUGGAGCCAGCCAAGAAGGCAGCGCAGGUUAUUCACAAGAAGCUGCUGGGCUGUCUGCAGAGUCAACUCGGGCUGGACACAGAGAGAAGAAUGAAAAAACUCCCUCUCAUGCUGCUCUCUGUUAGCAUGGCUGAGAGCUUUAAAGACUUUGAUCCAGACUCUUCUAUCAGGAAAGUAUUGGAGAUGUGUUGCUUCAUGGAGAGUCAUCUGGCCGCAACACUGUCUGACUUUGAGCUGAAGCUGGAGAAGGAGGUUUUGGAACCUCUCAAUAAACUCAGUGAGGAAGACCUUCCAGAGAUUCUCAAAAACAAGAAGCAGUUUGCCAAACUCACAAUGGACUGGCACAAUGCACGCAACAAGUCCCAGGCUAGUACAGGACCUCAGGCAAAACAGGAUGGGCUGAAAGAGGAGGUGGAGGAGGCCUGGAGGAAACUGGAGAGCAUCAAGGACCAAUACUCUGCAGAUCUGUAUCACUUUGCCACUAAAGAAGAGGCCUAUGCCAACUACUUCAUUCGUCUGCUGGAACUACAAGCAGAACAUCAUAAGAAUUCCCAUGAUUUCCUCGAACGAAACAUCAGUGAGCUGAAAGACAACCACAGUCAAACAGGCCAUACUUAGUGUACAUGGGUAAACCCCCUAUCCAAUGUAUACGGGGAGCCCCUGCUGACUCAUCUGUACAACAGCGGCAGGGAGAUCGCUGUUCCCAUCCAGGAGUGUGUUCACAUGCUGCUGCACACCGGCAUGAGAGAGGAGGGUUUGUUUCGUCUGGCAGCAGCAGCCUCGGUAGUGAAGAGACUGAAGAGCAGUCUGGAUGGAGGGGUCGUGAACCACAGUGAAUUCACUGACCCUCAUGCAGUCGCAGGGGCUUUGAAAAGCUACCUGAGAGAGCUGCCUGAACCACUCAUGACCUUUGAACUCUACAAUGAUUGGUUUCAAGCAGCAGGGGAGAAAGAAUUGACAGACAAACUUGAGCAGUUUAAAAUUGUGCUGAAGAAGUUACCAUCAGAAAACUACAACAACCUCCGGUACCUGGUACAGUUCCUGUCGUGUCUGUCAGAGCAGCAGGCGGUCAACAGGAUGAGUCCCAGUAACAUUGCCAUAGUACUGGGUCCCAACCUGCUGUGGCCUCGCAUGGAGGGGGAGGCAGCGCUGUUGGACAUGGCAUCUGCCUCCUCCGUCCAGGUGGUGGCGGUGGUUGAGCCUCUCAUACAACACUCCAGCAGCCUGUUUCCAGAAGAGGUGGACUUUGAGAUUCCUGAGCUUCCUGGGGUCCCAGAUUUGAAAAUGUUAGAACCUCAAACUUCAGAGUCUGGGAAAGAGAACCUUGCCAGAAUGACCUCCUCCUCUUCAUCAUGCGCGUCCUCUUCCUCUUCUCAUUCUUCUCUCUGUAAAACAAUCAGCUCAACAUCUCAGGACAGUGGAGGUUUUUUCAUCAUUAAGUCAGGCUCCAUUGGUCGUAGAACCACCACCUGGGGGAACCCUGCCUCAGACCCACCAUGCUCAACCUCACUUAACCCUACCCCAGUCCAUACCCAGAGCCCGUCCCCUGUCCCAAGCCCGACACUGGUCCAAAACCCAUCCUCACUACCCAGCCCCAAACUGGCACCUGGCCCAACCCCGGUUCCCUCCCCACCACCAGUGUCUGUCUGCAGUCCGACCCAGAAGCAGAGCCCUGAAUCGGGCUCACUAGAACCCAUCCUAGAGGCCCCACCGGACUCCCCCAGAGCUAUACUGAAGAUCACCUUACCAUACAAACCGAGGAAAUCUUUCCUUCAACACAUGCCGCCCAUCCAGAGUAAAGAGCAGGUGGCCGUUACAUACUCCAAACCCAGGGUCCCAACACCUCUAGCACCAGCAGAGGCACCCAAAACCCAGCUACAACCUGCACCCAAGCCCCUAGCUCCGGUCCUGAAGAAGACCCUAAGCAAAAAGGGUGCAAUUAGGCCCCCCCAAAUCCCACCUCCCAAGCCCCCAGUAUUGGAAAGAAAACAGGUGACCUCUAUAGCGCAGUGAGGGGGUAGAGAUACACUAUAUACUGUAUACAAAAGUAUGUGGACCCCUUC